CAAGUACACUUUCCUGAAGACAAUCGGAAGUAGGACAGUAUAAAUUGAAAGAAGUUAGCAGUUACUCGUUACACUCGGAGUUGUUCUUGCAAGUUGCUCUAUGAUUGGGUUCGAGAGGGAUUCUUUUGGGAGUGGUGCUUAAGGACUUUCAGAUAUAUUUUCGUCGCAAGUCCUACCGCAAGAUGCAGCCAUUUUUUCUUCUCACGCUGAUUUUGUAUUUUCAAGUCGCAGUAUCGAAGUUAAGUGAAAUAUCGAAGAAAGAUGCCAAAGAUUUAAAAAUUAUAUGUUAUUAUUCUAAUUGGGCCGUGUAUAGACCGGGUUUAGCCAAAUUUACACCACAAAAUAUUAAUCCUUACCUUUGUACUCACAUCAUUUACGCUUUCGGUGGUCUAUCCAGUGAAUUCGAGAUGAAACCUUUCGACCCGUACAAUGACAUCGAACAAGGAAAUUAUAAAAAAUUUGUGGAGUUAAAAACCUUCAACAAUAAGUUAAAGACAAUGAUAGCUGUUGGAGGGUGGAACGAAGGUUCAAAGAGAUUCUCUAAGCUGGUAGAAUCGUAUAGCAAUAGGCAACGUUUCGUCAGGAGCGCAAUGAAGUUCCUACGAGAGCAUGGCUUCGAUGGACUCGAUCUGGAUUGGGAAUAUCCAGCAUUUAGAGAUGGAGGCAAUGCAGGAGAUAAGCUAGGUUACGCUCAGUUAGUUAGAGUAAGUAAUUGGGUCGAUACCUGUAAGCCAAUCUACCGUAAGUUUCUAUACAAACUACGAAUUUCGGGAUCACUAACGAAUCAGGAAAGAUUCUCUGAGAGAAUUUAAUCUUAAUUUGAAGAGUUCUAC